GGAGCAACACGUGAUGUGUCUACUUAUCAGGGUGAGCAAGGGAGAGCGAGGAGGCGAGCGUGCGGCAGGAGAGGGCCGGGGGCCGAGGCGGGGGGCCGGACCGCGGCUUGGGGCGCCGGGGGUCGCCAGCUGCGCGCCCACCUCCGUCCUGCGGGGAGCAGAGGAGGAGGGGAAGUGACUGCGGAGUUGAUGAACUUUGCACAUCCAGAAACGCCAUUUUGAUUCCUUUUCCGGAACAAGUUUGCAUCUCUCCUCUCUCUCGCCCCGCAGCCCCCGGACGCCCCUCCAUCAUGCUUCGGAGCACACCGCCCUGGCCGGCUGUUGCUCCACAUUUGUGCUCCGGAGGUGGUGGCUUUGAGGUGUGACCCUGCCCACGUUUGGGCCCAGCCCGUGCCAGCUCCUCAGUAAGGAGGGCCGGCCUGAUAAGACAAAGAAAACAGUGUCAACGAGUGGCACCAAGAGAAGAAAAGAAGAGACGAAACAGACUCAUUUGCUACUCCAUGCGGAUGAUAGCUACAGCAGGGGGAAAUUCCACAGCGUAUCAGUUGAGGCAGAAAAUGGAGUUCUACAACAGAGCCUUCUUAGAAGCUUAAACCCUUGUCCCGAUGACGUCAGGCUUGCCCGUUGGCUUGGAAGGUUCAGACUUAUCUUCCAUCAACACCAUGAUGUCGGCUGUAAUGAGUGUAGGGAAGAUUGCUGAGAGUGGCGGGAGCUCGCAAGUCAAGUGCCCCACAAAGCCCCCAGGACCAAACCGGAUCGGUAGAAGGAACCAGGAAACGAAAGAGGAGAAGUCUUCCUAUAACUGUCCCCUGUGUGAAAAGAUUUGCACUACACAGCACCAGCUAACUAUGCACAUUCGUCAGCACAACACGGACACUGGAGGGACCGACCAUUCCUGCAGCAUCUGCGGGAAGUCGCUGAGCUCGGCCAGCUCCCUGGACCGCCACAUGCUGGUGCACUCUGGUGAGCGACCGUACAAGUGUGCUGUGUGCGGCCAGUCCUUCACCACCAACGGAAACAUGCACAGACAUAUGAAGAUUCACGAGAAGGACCCCAGUGGUGCCACAGCUGCAGCCCCUCCGUCCCCACUGAAGCGCAGGCGGCUGGCCUCCAAGAGGAAGCUGAGUCAAGAUGCUGAGUCUGAGAGAGAAGACCCCUCGCCUGCUAAAAAGAUGGUAGAAGAUGGGCAGUCGGGUGACCUGGAAAAGAAGACUGAUGAAGUUUUUCACUGCCCAGUGUGUUUCAAAGAGUUUGUUUGCAAGUAUGGGCUGGAGACCCACAUGGAGACCCAUUCAGAUAACCCCCUAAGAUGUGACAUUUGCUGUGUCACCUUUCGAACACAUCGGGGAUUGCUACGCCACAAUGCACUUGUCCACAAACAACUGCCGAGAGACGCAAUGGGAAGGCCAUUCAUACAGAACAACCCUUUAAUUCCUGCUGGCUUCCACGACUUGGGAUUCACUGACUUCUCCUGUAGGAAGUUUCCGCGAAUUUCUCAGGCCUGGUGUGAAGCAAACCUGCGGCGAUGUAUCAGCGAGCAGCACCGCUUCGUCUGUGAGACCUGUGACAAGGCAUUCCCCAUGUCCUCCUCACUCGCCCUGCACCGGCAGACCCACAUCGCCGGGGGCCUGGGGCAGGAAAAGCCACAGGCCAGCCCCCUGGCUGAGGACACAGUCAACCAGAAGGUCUUCCUGGCCUUGUUGGGCCUGCAGCACACCAAAGACGCGAAGCCCACCUGCACCGAGGAGCUGCCUCCAGACGACAACCAGGCCAUCCAGCUCGAGACACUCAGGUGCCAGCUACCUCAGGAGCCCGCCUGCACCAGCCUGCUGAGUCUGUCCCCUUUCGAGGCCACCUCCCUGGGUGGCCCGCUCACUGUCCUCCCAGCCACCAAGGAGAGCAUGAAGCAUCUGUCCUUGCAGCCUUUCCAAAAGGGUUUCAUCAUCCAGCCCGACAGCAGUAUUGUGGUCAAGCCCAUCUCUAGCGAGUCAGCCAUCGAGCUGGCCGACAUCCAGCAGAUCCUGAAGAUGGCCUCCUCAGCGCCCCCCCAGAUCAGUCUUCCACCCCUCUCCAAGGCCCCAGCCACCCCCAUGCAGGCCAUCUUCAAACACAUGCCCCCACUGAAGCCAAAGCCCCUGGUCACACCGCGCACAGUGGUGGCCACCUCCACGCCCCCGCCCCUCGUCAGCGCCCAGCAGGCUUCCCCGGGCUGCAUCAGUCCCAGCCUGCCUCCUCCACCGCUCAAGCUGCUCAAAGGCUCGGCGGAGGCCACCUCCAACGCCCACCUGCUGCAGUCCAAGUCCGGGGCCCAGCCCAACACCUCCACGCAGCUCUUCCUGCAGCCCCGGGCAGAGCUGCCGGGCCAGCCUGAGAUGAAGACGCAGCUGGAGCAGGACAGCAUCAUCGAGGCGCUGCUGCCCCUGAGCAUGGAGGCCAAGAUCAACCAGGAGAUCACAGAAGGCGACCUCAAGGCCCUCAUGGCAGGGCCUGCCGGCAAGAAGACACCAGCAAUGCGCAAGGUCCUCUAUCCCUGCCGCUUCUGCAACCAGGUGUUUGCCUUCUCUGGGGUGCUGCGCGCCCACGUGCGCUCCCACCUGGGCAUCUCGCCCUACCAGUGCAACAUCUGCGACUACAUCGCCGCCGACAAGGCCGCCCUCAUCCGCCACCUGCGCACGCACAGCGGGGAACGGCCCUACAUCUGCAAGAUCUGCCACUAUCCCUUCACCGUCAAGGCCAACUGCGAGCGGCACCUGCGCAAAAAGCACCUCAAGGCCACCCGCAAGGACAUCGAGAAGAACAUCGAGUACGUGACCAGCAGCGCCGCCGAGAUGGUGGAUGCCUUCUGCGCCCCAGAUACGGUCUGCCGGCUCUGCGGCGAGGACCUGAAGCACUACCGGGCGCUGCGCAUCCACAUGCGGACCCACUGCGGCCGUGGCCUGAGCGGCUGCCAGAAGGGUCGCAAGCCAUUCGAAUGCAAGGAGUGCAGCUCGGCCUUCACGGCCAAGCGCAACUGCAUCCACCACAUCCUCAAGCAGCACCUGCACGUGCCAGAACACGAGAUCGAGAGCUACGUCCUGGCUGCGGACAGCGGCGGGGGCCCUGCCGAUGGGCCGGCCGCAGAGGCCGCCGGCAUGGUGGAGGAGGGCGGCUGCGGCCCCUUUGCAGACCGCAAGCCCAUCACAGCCUUCCUGGAGCCCCAGAACGGCUUCCUGCAUGGGGGUCCCGCCCCAACGCCCCAUGUCUCCGUCAAGCUGGAGCCCACCAGCGGCUUUGCGCUGGACUUCAACGAGCCCCUUGACUUCUCCCAGAAGGGCCUGGCCCUGGUCCACGUGAAACAGGAAAGCGCUGCGUCCUUCCUCAGCCCCUCCUCCCUGGUCCCCUAUGACUGCUCCCUGGAGCCCAUCGAUCUCUCCAUCCCCAAGAAUCCCAGGAGAGGAGACAAGGACACAGCUGCUCCUGGUGAGGCCGAGAAGCCCGAGCAGGAGCCCCAAGACAGCGAGCAGCCCCCGGUCUGUCCACCCCCCGGCCCCACCCUGUCAGGGGUGUUUGGGCCCAGUGGGGGUCUGGACAAGCCUGCAGCCCCGGGGCUAGCCACCUCGACAGCAUCCCCCCAGGAGCCCCACGCUCAGGCCCUGCAGGGCGCCGUGCAGCUUGCCGUCCCCAUCUACCCCUCAGCCCUCGUGAACAGCUCCCCACUUGUGGGCAACCCCACCCUCGUGAGCACCUCAGCCCUCCUCAGUGGCUCAGCCCUGCUGCGGCCGCUGCGCCCGAAGCCACCCCUGCUCUUGCCAAAGCCCCCCGUGACUGAGGAGCUGCCCCCCCUGGCCUCCAUCGCCCAGAUCAUCUCCUCUGUGUCCUCGGCCCCCACCCUGCUGAAGACCAAGGUGGCCGAGCCGGGGCCUGCCAGCACCAGCAGUGGCCCCGUAGUCCCCGAGACUGUGGGAGGCGCCGUGCCCAAAGCUGCCCCCGCCCCCACUGACACCACAAGCCCGCAAGAGUCCGGGGACCCGCCGCCGACGGCCGCCAGCCCUGAGGCCGCCUCUCCCACCGAGCAGGGGCCAGCUGGCACAUCCAAGAGGAGGGGUCGGAAGAAAGGAGCGAGGAGUCGGCCCAGGGUCGGCGGCGGCGGCAUGGACUUGGACUCCAGUGGGGAGUUCGCCAGCAUCGAGAAGAUGCUGGCCACCACCGACACCAACAAGUUCAGUCCGUUCCUGCAGAGCGCCGAGGAUGACGUGCAGGAGGAGGCGGCUGCAGCCCCGGCUGACCCCCACGGGCCCAGUGAUGAGGAGCAGGCCAGCCCCCCCGAGGACAAGGGGCUGAGGGCCAGGCGGAACUCCUACGCCAACUGCCUGCAGAAGAUCAGCUGCCCCCACUGCCCCCGGGUUUUCCCGUGGGCCAGCUCCCUGCAGAGGCACAUGCUCACGCACACUGGUCAGAAGCCCUUCCCUUGUCAAAAAUGCGAUGCCUUCUUUUCUACCAAAUCUAACUGUGAACGCCACCAGUUACGCAAACACGGAGUUACCAACUGUACCCUGAGAAGAAACGGGCUUUUCCCCCAGUCCAAAGAGAGAGAUGUUGGAGCUCAUGAUAGCACAGAUAGCCAGUCGGACACGGAGACAUCAGUGGCAGGAAAUGAGGUGCUGGACCUGACCUCGCGGGAGAAGGAGCAGCAGAUGCCAGAGGGGGCCCCUGAGCCCAGCCAGGUCGGAGAAGACCCUCCUGCACAGGAGGGCAAGCGGGGAGCAGCCUCCCCUGCAAGCGGGGAGGAGAAGGGAGAGGAGGAGGAGGAUGGGGAGCAAGAGGAGACACAUGUUACAGAGGAGAAGGACGAGGACGCUGAGGGGCUGGAGGAGGACACCGUCAGCAACAAGAGCCUGGAUCUCAACUUCGCCAGCAAGCUGAUGGACUUCAAGCUGGCCGAGGGCGCCACGGGUGGUGAGGGCUCCCCCCAGCAGGAGCUGAAGCACACCUGCAACAUCUGUGGAAAGAACUUCAAGUUCCUGGGGACCCUGAGCCGCCACAAGAAGGCCCACAGCCGUGAGGAGCAGGAGGAGGGCAGGCACGGAGGGGCUGAGGGGCCCACCCCUGCAGCCAGCCCUGCCCCCGAGCCGGAGGAGGCGCCUGCAGGCUCUGCAGCUGUGGAGCCAGGUGCCGGGGAGGCCUUGGGGGAGAAGCCACAGGAGGAGGUGGAGGGCAUCUCCGAAGGGGAGAGCGCAGCUGAGAAGAAGGCCUCGGAGAAGAGCGAUGAUGACAGGAAGCCAAAGACAGACUCCCCCAAGAGCACGGCCAGCAAGGCCGACAAGAGGAAGAAAGUGUGCAGUGUGUGCAAUAAGAGGUUCUGGUCGCUGCAGGACCUGACUCGGCACAUGAGGUCACACACAGGGGAAAGGCCGUACAAGUGCCAGACCUGCGAGCGCACCUUCACGCUGAAGCACAGCCUGGUCCGCCAUCAGCGCAUCCACCAGAAGGCCCGGCACCACGGGAAGGACGGCGACCAGGACGAGAAGGGCGAGGAGGACAGCGAAAACGAGUCCACCCACAGUGGCAACAACCCCAUCUCAGAGAACGAGGCCGAGGCCACGCUGACCACCAGCAACCACAUGGCCAUCACGCGGAGCCGCAAGGAGAGCUUGGCCAACGCGGCCAAGGAGGCCAGUCGCAAGGAAGAGAAGGCGGCGGGUCGGACGGCUGCUCAGGCGUCUCAGGGUACGGCUGGCCAGGAGGGCCCGGCGGCCGAGGCGCAGGACCUGCUGGAGCUGCCCGGCAGGAGGCUGGCCCAGCCCGUCCUGGUCACCGCCGAGGGCUCCGCUCAGCUCCUGGGAAUGGAAUAAGGUGUGUCCUGUCCCCCAGCACACAGAGCCAGCAGAGCAAAGCGCCCCGAGUCUGCGUUCGCCCCGAGUUUGCGCUCGCGAGGCUUCCUCAGUGCCCUUCCGCAGUUGGGAAGCGUGAGUGCGCGCACGCGGGAGCAAAGCAGGACCAAGGCUGACCCGCCUCCGUUCCAUAGCCUUGCGGCCUCACCAGCACCACACAACACACAGACAGAUCCAGUGCCUUAACUACUUUACCCAGACCGUUUGGUAUCAGAGUUUUUGUUUUGUUUCUCAAAUGACUUAAAAAAGAAGAAAAAAAAAAAAGCAAAACGAAUCUUUUGAUGAAUUGUUUGGAGAGGACUUUUUCAUUUAAGCAUUAAUGUUACCUUUCGUAUUGGUGUGUGUGAGCUUGUUGUGAAUCUGUGAUAGUACUGUUCUGUGAGCUGGAAACAGAAGAAAAAAAAUGCCCGUGGAUACCUAUAGCCAAUAACUGGAAUAAAAUGAUGUGAAUUUCAUGUAAAUUACCAGAGGAAAUAUGGAUAAAAUGCUAAUUUCUCAAAUAGACCUUUUUUUUUUUUCUUUUUUCUGUUGGCUACAUGGUAGAGCUGAAUCUUGUCCCUGGUGUUAAAGGAGGUGGAUGAUGAAGGUUUCUUAUUUGGUUCAAGCCCAAACCGGGAAAGAUUCCAGCCUCCACCUCGCACUGUUGCCACUCCUGCCCCGUUAGAGAUGGUCUUAGUGCUCACGUCUCGAGACAUUCGUUCUUGCCUUACAGAGAAGAGUUACCCCGGCAACGUAACCUAUGGAAAUAUUAUGCACAACUGUCAUAGAUUUUAUUUCCCCCCUUUCAAUAUAUGUAUUAUUAAUAUUAUUAUUAUUAUAUUAUUAUUUGUAAUUCAUCAGUCUGCGAGUCUCUGCAUUCAGCAGAAACAAAUGGGCAAUAUUUGUCCCGCGAGCCCCGUGUCGCUGCCGGGGCCCCGCGUUUUGUGUCUGGCCACGGCGGGGCCGGCACCCUUGUGGUAGCUCUUCUACUGUACUUAGACCAGCCUUUCUUCCACGACUGGAGAAUCCACAGGAAGCAGUGAGUGUCCUCAAGAACCAGCAGGGGAGCAGCUCAGGGGGCGGGGGAGCGUGUCCCUGCGAGUGUCCGGGAACAGCGGUCUGAGGAGCCUGAGGACCGCUCGAGACGUCAGGUGGUGGUGAGCAAGGUCUUCUCAGUCUUCCUGUUAAACUGUUAAACUCAGCACCAGCCUUCCCCCGUUGCGUUACUGCCAUCUGGAAAGCGAGGAAAUACUACUACUGGUAAUAUAACUACACGUGCGAGAGUAAGAAAAAUAAAUGGGUAAUUACCUUCCUACAGUUUAGGGUUGGUGCUUGAAGAUGAAACUUGCUGUUUGUAGUUUGUUAAAUAGCCUGGGUGCAAAAAGGCAGGCUUUUUCCCCCGUGAGCAUCCCGUGCAGGCAAUAGGAUUCCCUCGCUGCA